GAGGCUCCAAAGUGCGUCCAGCAGGCUCCUCUCAGUCAGUCCGGAGCUCCUUCUCCAGUGAACGGAGCUCAACUUCACUCCGGAGAUGAAAAUCUCAGUCGUGUCCAAGAAGCUGUGGUGCGUCCACAAACAGCUGAUCCUGCUGCUCGUUCCACUCUUGUUCCUGCCUUUACUCUUUACUCUACCGGAGAAGGAAGGAAAAUGUCUUUAUGUGGUGGUGCUGAUGGCUAUGUUUUGGUGCACAGAGGCCCUUCCUCUGGCCGUCACCGCGAUGCUUCCGGUCUGCCUCUUCCCAACACUGGGAAUUCUUCCAUCCAAAAAAGUCUGCCCUCAGUACUUCCUCGAAACCAAUUUUCUCUUCCUCAGCGGCCUUGUGAUGGCGUCGUCCAUCGAGGAGUGGGGCCUGCAUCGUAGAAUCGCCCUGAAGGUCCUCACCAUUGUCGGAGUAAAACCAGCCUGGCUCAUACUGGGAAUGAUGCUGACCUCGUCCUUCCUGUCCAUGUGGCUCAGCAACACCGCCACCACAGCCAUGAUGCUCCCUAUUGCUAACGCCAUCCUGGAGAGUCUGUUCGGAGACCUGGAGAGCCUGAAGGAGAAGUGCAAGUCCAAAGAGGAUCCAGAGAAUGACAUCAUAAAUGGUCAGUCUACUGUAAAGCUGCAUUCACUGCCCUCGGGGAACCCAGAAAAACAAAUGCUGUCAAUAGAUGGGACAGAUGUGACGGAGCAGAGCGACAUGAAGACGGCUGAGGAGAUCCGAUCCGAGGCGCAGUACCAGCUGAAGGUGUGGAAAGGAUUCCUGAUCUGUAUUCCUUAUGCAGCCAGUAUCGGAGGGACAGCAACGCUGACAGGCACCGCGCCCAACCUCAUCCUGAUUGGACAGCUGAAAAGCUACUUUCCAGACUGCGACCUCAUUAACUUUGGCUCUUGGUUUGCGUUUGCUUUCCCACUGAUGCUUCUCUUCCUGUUUUUGGGAUGGGUUUGGAUUGCGUUUCUUCAUGGGGGAUUGAAUACACGAUUGUGCUUCUCCAAAAAUGACCAGAGAGCCCAGGCAGAGGCCAGAGCAAAGGCUCUAAUCGUCGAAGAUUACAGAAAACUAGGGCCCUUAAACUUUGCAGAGGGAUCAAUCUCUUUCUUUUUUGUGUUGUUUGCUGUUCUGCUGUUCACAAGAGACCCCAAAUUUGUCACUGGCUGGUCUGUGUUUUUUAAAAAAGGGUACGUCUCAGACGCGGUCACAGGUGUCAUCAUCGUGUCCAUAUUAUUCUUCUUCCCAUCGCAGAAACCGUCUCUGAGCUGGUGGUUCGACCCACAAGCUUCAAACACUCCUUAUGUCCCUCUCUUAUCGUGGAAGAAAGCUCAGGAAUCUGUUCCCUGGAAUAUCAUCCUGCUGCUCGGAGGCGGUUUCGCAAUGGCAAAAGCUUGUGAGGAGUCCGGCCUCGCGUCCUGGAUCGGAGGCCACCUCCAGCCUUUGGCUGAGGUCCCUCCUGCUGCAGCUGUGAUCUUGAUCACUGGCUUCCUCGCCUGUUUCACUGAGUUUGCCAGCAACACUGCCACAAUCAUCAUAUUUUUACCCGUCAUUGCUGAACUGGCGAUUCGUGUCUCUGUGAACCCUCUGUACUUCAUGAUACCUGCAACAGUAGGAUGUUCAUUCGCCUUCAUGCUGCCGGUGUCCACGCCGCCCAACUCCAUCGCCUUCGCAUCAGGACAUCUCAUGGUCAAAGACAUGGUAAAAACUGGCAUUGUGAUGAACAUCCUGGGCAUCCUCUCUGUCACUCUGGCCAUGAACACGUGGGGCCUCGCCAUGUUUGACUUGGGCACGUAUCCAGAAUGGGCUCACCCCAUCAACAAGUCUGCUGUUGAAGUGCACUUUUCACCUGUACAGUCACUCAAUGCUACGCUUUGAUCACCCAAAGAGAAGAUUGUAUGGAGAUUUCACUCUAAACAGGGACAAAAGUCUGUCUGUCGGCAUCUAGUUGGUCAUUUAAAUGUCUCUGGGAGCAUCAGCUGUUACCUGUUAUGAUUAAUUUAAUAGUAUUAUGAAAAUCAAAGUGUCUUUUUAGACUCUCGAGUGCCAAGAUUUCAUGCUGUGAACUUUUAGUUUUAAGUUAAAAAAAAUUAAAUGUUAUACUCCAGUCAGCCUGCUGAGUGUACUGUUCCUAUUGAUGCUACUAGGCUGACCUCUACUGGAAGAAUUAAUUAUCUGUGAAUAAUUAUUUUUGAAUAUAUAUUUUGGAUAUAUAUUUUGGGUCAGAAUCACUGAGAGAUCAUGUUACUUGUUUAUGUAUUAUACAGCGCAUGUUAAAAGCCGAAACACAUGAACAACAUUUUAAAAAUCUUUUCUACAUAAGAGUAUGACACCCGACUAAUGAAUGUGUAAAUUUUAUUACAAAGUGAUUGCAUUCAUGUAACUGCUGUUACGAAUAAAUUGAGUUUGUAUUAUGGUAAUUUAGCUGCAUGUUGUCUCUGUAUUAGCCUGUAAAGCCUGUAAUUUAUCACCUUUAUUGCCAACAGAAGGACUUAGUUUUCAGAAUAUCUGGCUAAAUUGUGAUUCAGAUUUCAUGCAAAAUGCAACCCUGAGGUUUUGCUGCACUGCUGCAGGGUUUGUUUAUUUUUAACACAUUUUGUCCUCUGCACACACAACAAGAGCAAGAGAGAGCACACAGUUGUAAAUUCCUCACAGUGUUUGUUUGUAGU